AAAUUUAAUUUAUUAUUCUUGAAAUUUGUAUGUAAUAUUGUUUACUUCGUUAAAAAAAAUUUUUAAUAAAGUGGAUCGAUCAUAAUCAAACGAGAGCUUUAAAAUUAAUUAUUAUCUUUGACUUAUUGAAAAAUUGGUCAAAGAAUUAGCUGCGUCAGUUGGAGGUCAAAAUAAUUGUGAUGUGCGUACAGUAAAAUGGCAGGCUUAAUGUUGUGCAUAACGCGGGUUUUACUUGUAUUUUUAAUUAAUUUCAUUCUUGUAUCUUCUGGUUCCAUUAAUAAGCCUGUACAAAAUGUACCGGAGCCUUUAAUUCUAAGUGCCUUAAAUUCUUUGAACAAGGAUUCUCCGACACAUCAUACAUACAAGGGCGGUAACCUGAUUAACGCGCAAAAAUUGGAAGAGUCGCCAUACGUGAUAUACAGACUUACGUUUGAUUUGAACCCUGAUUGCAAAGAAGCAUUAGAACCAUGUCCCAGAGAAGCAUGUACUGUUAUAGUCAAACAACACGAACAAGGAGAUAUAAAUGUUUUGCGGGAAUCUAUACAAUGCAUGUACUUGUAUCCUCAGUCUGUACAAGAUGAUCCGCUACAAAUGCAAGAUAACAAUCAAGAUCAGGAAGUUAUUGAUAAUAUAGAAAAACAGAUUGUUACUAAUCAGAGUAUCGAGCUAGAUCAUGAGAUUCAAAACAAUGGAGAUCACAGUGAAAGACCAUUCAUAGCUAUGAGAGCUUCUAACAGUUAUUGUCCAGGAUGUCCAUUUGAAUUAAAUCCAAACUUACCUGGAUUAGCUGCUUUUGGAAAACAGGUGGUAAAAUCAAUGGAUGAGUUAAUACAAAAUGAUUUCAAGCACAAAGUAAUUAAUGUUGUUAGAGUCACUAGUGUCAUACCACCUUCAUCUAAUGUUGUACAGUAUCAAAUUUUGUUUCGCAUAGGAGAGUCUGAUUGUUUGAAAAAUGCAAUUGAUGAGUCAGAGUGUUCUGUACAAUCGAGUCUUCCUGUUAAGGUAUGCUUGGUAACAUUUGAAGAACAAUCUUGGAAACACGACAGCCGUAAAAUAACAAAGAACAAUUGUACCUCAGAUAAUUCAGAAAUUAUAGAAAGUAUCAGUUCCGCGACAUUAAAUGCUGAAGCACUUGUAUCAGUUAGACCUGAAAAAGUAGACACUGUUGAAAAAGUAGAAGCUUUGGAAAAUUUAAAAGAUAUUCUUGAUAAUUUCACCUAUGCUACAACUACUACAUUAGAACCAGAGCAAUCAGAAGUAACUGAACAUCCUGUUGUAAAAAUGUCCAUAGACAGGGACAAUGAUGAUACAAAGGUUGAAGAAUUUGGAGACAAAACUAAAGAAUUUGGUGAAUUCUUAAAAGAUUUUGAUUUGCCUACAACACAGGUCCAGUCGAAUCCUGAAACAAACAAAGAAGAAGUUAAGGAAGACAUCAUUUUGCCGAAGAAAGUAGAUUCUACUAUCAAAAAAACGUAUAAAUCGUAUAGAAAUAAAAGGAAAUCUGACCUUGUCGGUGCACCUGGUAGUAUAGAUGUCAAUGACCCUGAAGUACAAAAACUUGCUCACAAAGGAUUACAGAAAUUUUCUGAAAAUUCCGAAGGUACAAACGAGCCUAUGAUCGUAGAUAUUGUUGAAGCCACGCGACAAGUAGUAUCGGGAGUCAUGUAUAAGAUAAAAGUUAAGUUGGGUACAAGCACUUGUGCAAAGGGCACUCAGGAAAAUUGUCAGCUCAAAGCAGACAGUGAAAUGAAAGAAUGCUUGUUUACAAUAUGGUCUCAGCCAUGGAUAGACAAAGGAUCUCCACACGUUACCAUCGACUGUGAUUUACAGAACCGGCGUAAGCGAUCCCUGCGUGGUAUGAACUAUAGCCAGAAAAUGCUGAAAAUAGCAGAGGAUUACAAAGAUGAACUUUUGUUUGAAGAUUUUAUGAAAAGUCAUGGUAAAACGUACAAGUCAGCGAAAGAGAAACAGAAUCGUUUCAAGAUCUUUAAACAGAAUCUAAAAAUUAUUGAUGAAUUACAAACGUUUGAACGAGGAACAGCCAUAUACGGUGUCACGAUGUUUGCAGAUUUAACAUCUAAAGAGUUCAAAGCACGGUAUUUAGGUUUUCGACCAGAUUUAAAGCAAGAAAAUGAUAUACCUCUUCAACAAGCUGAAAUACCAGACAUAGAUUUACCAUCCAAAUUCGAUUGGCGCGAAAACGACGCAGUCACACCUGUUAAAGAUCAAGGUCAAUGUGGAUCAUGUUGGGCUUUUUCGGUAACUGGAAACGUAGAAGGACAAUACGCGAUUAAACAUAAGAAAUUACUAUCGCUGUCGGAACAAGAAUUGGUAGACUGCGAUAGUUUAGAUGAAGGAUGCGAUGGUGGAUACAUGGUGAAUGCCUAUAAAAGCAUAGAAACAUUGGGUGGUCUUGAAUUAGAAACAGAUUACCCUUACGAUGCUAGAGAUGAAAGAUGUCACCUCUAUAAAAACAAAGCUAAAGUGCAAGUUGUCUCAGCUGUAAAUAUUACAAGCGAUGAAAAUAAGAUGGCACAGUGGCUGGUGCAAAACGGUCCAAUCUCUGUCGCCAUUAAUGCCAAUGCAAUGCAGUUUUAUAUUGGCGGUGUUUCACAUCCAUUUAACUUUUUGUGUAAUCCUAAAAAUUUAGAUCAUGGAGUUUUAAUUGUAGGAUAUGGCAUGAGCAAAUAUCCUCUUUUCAAGAAAGAAUUACCCUAUUGGAUAAUAAAAAAUAGUUGGGGUCGAAGAUGGGGUGAGCAAGGUUAUUAUAGAGUUUACAGGGGUGAUGGUACCUGCGGAGUUAAUACAAUGGCAUCGAGUGCUAUAGUUGCAUAAUAAAGAUAUUUACGAAACCAAGGUCUUUCAUUAUGAUAUUUAUCUAAAAUAAAAUAAUAUAUAUAUUGUUUUUUUUUACUAACGUAAUAAUGCAUGUUAAUCGCUUGAAUUAUGAACAAAUUUGUAUAAGAUCUUUAACAAUUAAAAAUCAUACAUACUCUA